GCAUCACAACUACAAAGCCUUGAACAAUAUUGCGAAGCCUGCCACCCGCUCAAUCUUGCGCUCGAGGUGGUGACUGACUGCUCGUUGACCACACAAGGUUCUACAACCAACCCGACGGGCCGGGUUUAUCCUCAACGAAUCCUCCAAUGGGAAGACUUUACCAGGGAUCAAAACGAAAUAUGGGACAAGCUCUUGAUUGACAGCGAUUUCCCUUCCAAUGCCGUACCUCCGUCUUCUACCGAGUUGAGUUAUGUCAAGCGCUACAUCACGCCAAUCAGUAGCGAGAUGGGGCUCCGUCAUUUUGAGCACAAGACUGUCGAAAAUAUGGCACGGAGGCUGGUUGGGCAGGUAUACAACCAACUACCUACGCGAAGCAGACUUGGCCUACAGGAAACAAUAACAUUUGAGAGCCACACGAACCUGGCAGAGGCUAACAGCACCAUCUCCGAGUCUAUGGAGCAAAUGUCUUUGGCUUCG